AUGCAGAGAAGAGGAGGAAAGGGCAAACCGGCAAGCAGCAGCAAAGCGGCAACGCUGGUGGCCACCGAAGGCGAAUAUCGCGGCUUCAUUCGUGUCACCGCCGGCGAUGACCUUGGGCAACUCAGCAGCAGCGAGUUUCAGCUGGCCUUCAAGAAGCUCAACAAGCGCGAUUCGGUGACGAAGCUCAAGGGCCUGCAGGAGCUCAAGACCCUGUUCGAGGACAUCGCGGGCAAGGGCGAGGACGUCGAUGCCGUCAUCCAGGCGUGGGUCUACUCCUUCCUCCGACUGGCCGCGGACGACGAUCCCAAGGUGCGCGUGGCCCUGUGCAACACCUUUGCCGGGCUCGUGCAGGCCGUCAAGAAGAAGCUCGCCGCCCAGCUCAAGCGCAUCAUGGGCACGUGGCUGUGCCUGCAGUUCGACCAAUCGAACGAGGUUGCCAACGCCGCCAAGAAGGCGUUCCAGGUGGCCUUCCCCGCGAAGAAGCACAGCGAGGCGCUGCUGUUCUGUAAGGCGGAGAUUCUGGACCACUUCGAGGCCAACUUUGCGCAGACGCCCCAAACGCUGGCCAACGAAAAUGCCAAAGAGAAGGCCGAAGACCGAUACUCCAACCUCAUAUUCUCCUCCAUCCUCGCGUUCCGCUACUUCCAAGAGACGAUUCCAGAGGCUGAGAACCAGGCGCUGGCCGAGAGCCGAUAUAACGAGCUCCUGGGCAAGAAGUUCUGGAACUUCCUGAAGGACAAGAAGCACCUCCUCAUCCGCCGAGCCGCCUACCAGUUGCUCGCCACAGUAAGCCACAAGGCUCGACCCUACGUGGAGGCCAACAUCUCCUGGCUCACCCCGGUCGUGGUGGGUAUGCUCAACGACACGGAGAGCAGCAAUCAAGCACACAUGUGGGAGGCCCUGCUGACCUUCUUCAAAUACUACCCCGAGGCCUGGAGCCACAUCAACGCGCGAAAGCAAGUGCUGGGUCCGCUGUGGGUCAUCCUUCGAAACGGCACCAGCGGCUCGGCCGCCGUCACCUAUCCCUCGCUCCUGCCCCUGAUCAGUUUGAUUCCGAAGGAGGUGGUAGGUGAGGGGACGGGCUUCCACAAGGAGUUCUUCUCCAACCUGUGGAAGGGGCUCGCCAGCGAAAACUUCUCCGAUACCUCCGCCACGCGGCUCGUCGCGGCCUACAUGGAGUGUCUCCUCUACUUCAUCUCCCUCGAUCUCCGAAACGAUGAGAGGGAGGAGAGCGAGGCCACGGACAUCGCCCAGUACCUGGUGGCCAAUCAACUCUUUGAUGCCACCCACUACUACCUCACCACCGACAAGCCUCCUUCUGCGCUCGUCAAGUCGAUCAGCGGCCUCGUGGGCAAGCUCGUUGCAAAGGACGCCCAAGACAUUGUGAAGGCCUAUUUCAUCAAGCUCGGCGAUGACGCCAAGGCCGUGUUCAGCGAGAAUCAGGACAACCUGCCCCUGGCCACCUACUGCAGCCGCUUCUCCGAACUGCUGUCGUCGCUGGCCGCUCUCCUCAGCUCCUCGGAAAACACAUCGGGGUCGGCACUCGAGCAGGUGCUGCGGGAGGUGGUCGGGACAGCGCUGCCGCGCGCCAGGGAGGAUACGACCGAGACCGCGUGGGUGCGGAUGCUGACCGAGCUCGCCGCCUCGUUCCCCGCGCUCGUGUUCGGCUCGGCCGCCGCCGAGUCGGAGGCGCCCAAGGCCUUCUUCGCCGACGCGCUCCUCCCGUGGGUCACCUCCUGGGUUUCGUCCGAGGCGCGCGAUGCUGCCUUCACCCCGGUUCUCUUCGACCUGGUCCACCACUACCUGCAGCACAUCGCGGCUGCUGGCGGCGACCACCAGACGGCGCUGCUUCACGACCAGUGGGAGUCGCUGGUCCGCGAGGUGAUCGCCACCGGCAAGCCCCGCCUCCUGCUGCUGCUCCUGCAGAAGGUGUGCCGCGGCACCGCCAACGAGCAGUGGGCCAGCAGGCAGCUGGACGAGCACGCCACGCACCUCUUCAACGCGCUCCAGGCCGGCGCCGCUGCCGUGGGCGACGACAUCGAACUGUCGCUCCUCCGCUUCCUCAUCGCCGGCAAGGACAACCAGGCGUCGCCGCUGCUGUCGGCCUCGUGCCUUGCCCAGAUCGUCGAGUCGCUGUCGGCCAGCCUGACCGGCUUCCUCGACGGGCACUCGCUGGCGGCCGGCGCCGCGCUCGAGGCCGAUGCCGAGCAGCUGGCGUCGCUCAAGGACGUGCUGGUCCUCGUGCGAUCGGUGGCCUCUGCGCGUCUGCCCGCUGGGCUCCAGCGCAGUCGGGCCUCGCUGCUCGGCAACACGGUCUUUCGGCUCCACCUGCUCGCCCAGCUGUCGCCUCCGGGCGCCGACGCUGCGGCUGCCUACGCUGACGUCAACUCGACCGCGCUGGCGUCCCUCUCCGCCUUUGCCACGUCACGCCUGCGCGAGGAGGAACCCGAAACCGCCGCGGCCUUCCGCGCCUACCUGGUCUCGUCGCUCCACGAGGCCGUCCUCCACGCAGCCCCCACCUCGAUCGCUGUACAGGUGCGCAAAUGGACCGAGUUGGACAAGGUCAAGUCGUCGGCUGCGGAGCUGGUCCUCGACCGCGCCGAGUGGGAGAAGUCCCGUGACGCCGUGCCCUCGGCCAUCGACGGCCGCGACACCUCGUCCCUCUUCCUGCGCCUCACCGGUGCCGUCACCGGCAAGGGCGACGAGACCAACGACGCCGCCACCGCCGCCGAGACCUACGCCUGCAUGGCCCUCUUCGCCACCGAGCUCCUGCAGCGCCUGUCCGCCCCGGUGCUGUUGGCCGGCGGCGGCGACGACCAAGCCACCAAGCCGCACGCGUGGCUCAUUUCGGCACUGCUCCAGUCCUACUCGCUCUCCGGCGUGUCGCUCUUCUCCGUCGACGAGAGCGAAGACCUCGGGCCGGUCAUCUCCCAGUCCCUCCUCUCGGGCUCCGCCGCCAAUGCGGCCGAACCCGACGAGGAGGACGAAAAGCCCAGCAAUGAUGUGUGGAGCCUGCUGGCGAGGCAGGCGCCUCGUGGCGUGGCCCUGUUGGCCAAGUUCAUCACCGACCAGGCGAAGGCCGACACCGAGCCCAACGCAUUCACGCGUGACCUGCUCCAGCACCUGAUCGACGAGGCGCAGCAGCGCGGGGGCCUCAGCGCCCUGUCACUGGCCUUUGUGCUGCGUCUCCUCGUCGCACGCGCCGAUCUCUCUUGCGAGGCCCUCGCAAGCGUCAUCGUGCCCGCGCUUCCCCUCUCCUUCAACGCCAACGAUGACAAUUUCUACGGAAGGCUUGCCGCGGUGGAGGCCAGCAUUCCGGCGCGCGAGAUCGCCGCGGCCACCUUUGCCUCGCUCAAGGAGGCCCAGACCACCAGCGAAGAGGACGCCCGCCGGGUUCUCUUCUCCAUGGCCGCCCUCGCCGCCUUCUAUUGGCCCCAGGCAGCCCCUCAGUCCGCCGAGCUGGCCGCACACAUGUCGACGCUUGCGGGGCUGUUCCCCAAGGGCCGCUGGCCCAACGCUGCCGGCCUCCCCGCCGCGCUGUCGCGAGGUCUGCGCACCGGUGCCCUCCGCCUGUCGUUCGCCAUCGUGACCAAGAGCGGCGCCACCCUCGACCGAGCGUCGUGGGACUUCGUGCUCAACCUGGUGAAGAGUGGCCUGGUGGACACGAAGGCCAAGGCCAAGGGGUCGUCAAUCCCCGACGUGGCGGACGCGACCGAGGCGCUGCGUCUGCUGUGGGCCGUGAUGCGCGCCUUCCAGGCCCUGUCCGCGAGCGAGCAGAGCCUGCCCGUCCCCGAGGAGAAGUACCACAGCUUCCUCUCGAAGCUUCUCCCGCAGGUCUUCGAAGUCUUCCUGGCCGUGGGCCAGAGGCUGUCCAAGAUGAUGGAGCGCGACAAUCCGCUCUCGGUGCUGCUGGAGCAGGUGGUGCGCAGCAUGCCCUCCUCGCUGCUGUGCAAGCACAUCAGCGGACGCGAGAGCGACGACUCCGUUCACGCCCUCCUCUCGUGCCCCGACUGGCGCCUCCAGAAGACGGCCUACCGCCUGCUCCUGCACAAGCUCAUGGCCAUCGCCGCCGUGCCCGACGAUGAGGAAGGAAAGGACAAGGAGGCGGAGUCGGCCGAGGAGGAGAAGGAGGUGAAGGCGCCUCUGCCACCUGCGCUGCAGGAGCAGAUCGAGCGGCCGUCGGAGGACUUCCACGGCCUGCUGGGCUAUCUCCUGGGCUGGUCGCUCGUGCUCGACCACUGCACCCUGCGCUCGCCCGAGUUCCGCGCGCGUCUGGGCUCCUACCUGCGGCGCUCGUCCUUCUCGCUGCAGAUGUUCAUGCGCGUCCUCUGCCAGCACCUCGACCUAGCAGCACCCGCACGCCUCCACCUCCCUUCCGCCCCCUCAUGGAUCGGUGCCUACGCGGCGCACCUGUACCUGCGUCUGCUCCAGGCCUUCCCCGCGCUCGUUCGUCUCUGGUGGACCGAUGACUGCGACCGGCAAACGGCUGCCCUCAUGGAAAAGUACACGAUGCUGCUGAUGAGCCCCAUCCUCAUCGAGAACGAAUUGGCGGCGAUCGCCAACUACAAGUCCGAGGCGGGCAACUUCCAGGUGAAGGCCAGCAAGGUGACGCGCGAGGUCACCGCCACCUACGAAAAGGAUGAGAUGUCCCUUGCCGUCGUCAUGCGCCUGGCGCCGUCGUACCCGCUCCGGUCGGUGGAGCUGGAGUCCAAGAGCCGGCUCGGUGUGAGCGAGGCCCAGUGGCGCAAGUGGAUGCUCUCCAUGACCACCCUCUUCCUCACCCACGACGGUACCAUUCUGGACGGCGUGCUGCUGUGGAAGCAGAACCUGGACAGGCACUUCGAGGGCGUCGAGUGCUGCCCGAUCUGCUACUCGCUCUUCCACAUCUCAGACCACUCCUUGCCACGACUCGCCUGCAAGACGUGCCACAACAAGUUCCACUCUGCGUGCAUGUACAAAUGGAUCAGGGUCUCGCACAACACCGACUGCCCUCUGUGCAAGACGCCCUUCAACUGA